AUGGCGUUGUCCAGCUCUUCGUCCGCAGAUAGCAACACUAUUCUCACCGAGAACGAUAUACCCGGUGCUUCCUUGAAUGGGAGAAAUCCUUCAUCCUUAAAGAAUGAAGAACUGAAGUUUUGGCUAAGGUGCCGCGGUGAUUCUCUUAAAGGACUCAAGACUAAAGCGUGCUUUGUCAAACGGGUCCAAGAAUAUAUCACGUCUGGUCGAGAUAUGAUGGUGGUCGAUCCGGAUAAAGAUAAGAUUUAUACGAAAAGAAAGACCAGGCUUUCAAAUCUGCCGGCCGAACGCUCCCCUGAAACUCCAGCCCCAAAGUAUCCAAGCGAUGGCUGGGGAAAAUCACUUGAAAGGAUGCCGCCGUUUUCGAGGGCCGAAAUGAACCAGCACAUUGAAAGUUCUGGGAAGAAAGUGGGUAAUGCUGACAAUCAUUCGAUUCCCACGAACUUGAGAAAAGCGAAGACAUUUUUAAAGGAUGAGUAUCUCAAAGAUAUAGAAGCAAACAGCGAUCAAAGGUGA